GUCUAGGUGUAGGUCAAUUAGACCACGCGGGAACGAGCCCUCCAGAGUUAACCUUGUCUAACGCGGUGCGGGUUGAGUGAAAGUACUAAUUUCGUUGGAGCCUCGUGUGGCUCGGGUGACUGUAAACCAGCGACACACGGCCUGAGCCAUAAAUUUAUUUUUACCCGAAAUAUUCUGCGGGCAGUAAAGACCUUCAAACACUUUCAGUAAUAUUACGCAAAAUUGCUCCCAAACGAUGGCAUUCAUAUGUAAAGCGUGACAAUGGAUAGAGCAACCAAAUUGCGAUAAGCAGGCUGAGUAAAAAGCAUCCGUGUUAGUAUUGCCUUUAUAAAAACUUGACGGGUAUCUCCACUAGGCCAGAGUACUACCAGAAAUCGCUUCGCUGCAAGUUCGUCGUUCGUUUCCCCCAAUCUACGGUGUAUCGAAUGAAGUUUAUCGCUCAGUUUAGGAGAUAAGGUGAACAAUAUAUAACGUAGUUCGGUGGUCUAUUACCUUAUCGAUUGUCAGUCCAUAAUCUGCUGCCUAUCUAGUUAUAUGAACAAUAAUACGCUGAAGAGAAAUUAGAGGCUGUCCCUCGAUUAUAUAGAAUCUAGUCACGUGACAAAUGGAGAUGAAAUUAUUUCCACUGACCCUGGUGGUCGUCAUGCUUGUCGUGGGUGUCAAAGGAGCACCUGCUGAGUCGAAAUCUGAUCAAUUGAAAGAUUUUGCACUGAACGAAAUUAUACCCAAUAAAUUUGGUGUUCGAGGAUUGAAUGCCAGCUGGGUGACAGAGAAAGACUUGCUCUACCGUGACGUGCAAGGAAACUAUAUAAAAUACGAUGUAGUAACUAAAGAAGGGUGUAUCAUCUUGGAUUCCAAAGCUUUGUCCAAUUGGAGUGGUGCAUCUGCACAGUUUAUCAGGCCCAACCUGGACAAAAUUUUGAUUCGGUACGACGCGAGAACAGUGUUCCGUCAUUCAACGCUUGCCAAGUACGCGUUAUUUGACAUAACCACAAAUACCUCUUACAAAAUAGCAAACGGUGAGGAGGUGUCCAUUUGUAAACUUUCUCCGGGUGGUAAAUCUCUGGCUUACGUGAAGGACAAUAACGUCUUCUAUCGACCCAAUUCGAUGAAUGACGAAGAACUACCCCUUACUCAGGACGGCGUUCCGGGUGUGAUCUAUAAUGGAGUACCCGAUUGGGUCUAUGAAGAGGAAGUAUUCGGCACGGAUGCCACACUUUGGUUUUCGAAUGACGGGAGUCAUAUCGCUAUGGCAAGUUUCGAUGACACGCAGGUCAAGGAGUUUACGUAUCAUGUUUAUGGUGAACCAGAUGACCCCAAAAAUCAGUAUCCCGAAGAUUUUACCCUGCGGUACCCAAAGGUCAACACUACAAAUCCAACAGUUCAUCUGAGGGUGAUGAACCUCAACGCAAACCCUCGUGUGUGGCGUGAAGUACCUGCGCCGGUGGAGAUUGUUACCAACGACCAUAUCUUGGGAACCGUGAAUUGGAUCGGAGAGGACUUGGGAAUGAUUUGGACUAACCGUAGACAAAAUGUGGCCACUUUCCAGCGAUGCAGCAUUCAAUCGCUGCAGUGUACCGAGCUCGCUAGGGUCAACGAACCGAACGGGUGGUAUGAUCUGUACACUCCACGUUGCACCACUACGGGUGAUCGAUGCUUUUUCCUCGGUGACAACGCUGGCUGGCGACGAAUUUGGCAGCUGGAUGGCAACGCCGUAACGUUCAAAUCUCCAGAACGAUUCACUGUCACCGGAAUCAACGGUUAUGAUGAAGUGAACAAGAAAAUUUACUACACAGCAGUCCCAGCGGAGAAUCCUCAACAUAGACACGUGUUCGACGAUGAAGGUUGUCUAACCUGUGAUCUGUUGAAAGACAAACUCGACGGCGAUGUUCCAUGCAACUACGCAAGUAUUUCCUUCAGUACUGACUACUCACAUUUCGCUGCCACAUGUUCUGGGCCAACACCAGCCUAUAUGCAGAUCUUUCGAACGGCUGACCGUCAACCUUUGAUAGAUUGGGAAUGGAAUGUGGCGCUUCGUAACAAACUUGCUAACUACAAGAAAACUCAGGUUAAAUUCAUCAAAGUACCUGUCGGCGACGGAUUUGAAGCGUCUGUUCGGCUCUAUCUCCCACCGGAAAUUGACUUCGAAGAUCUCAAGAAUAACGAGGAUAAAUAUCCGAUGAUUGUUCAGGUUUAUGGAGGCCCCAAUUCGGUCCGGGUUACCGAUAACUUCGGUAUCGGUUUUGGAGAUUACUUGACCACAACCAAGAAGACAAUCUACUGUCAGAUUGAUGGGCGAGGCACUGGGAACCAGGGCUAUAAGUUCUUGUUUACGGUGAAUAAUCGCUUGGGUACGUUCGAAAUCGAAGAUCAGAUUGCGGUGACGCACUAUCUUCAAGAGAAAUACAGUUUUAUCGACCGAGAGCGCACCGGUAUCUGGGGCUGGAGUUAUGGGGGAUACGCCACAUCGAUGACUCUCGAGAAGGAUAGCGAAAAGGUGUUCAAAUGUGGAAUUUCAGUAGCCCCGGUGACUUCGUGGAUGUUCUAUGAUUCAAUCUAUACGGAGCGUUACAUGGGUGUCCCAACAGCGAAGGACAACACAGAAGGAUAUAAGAGGGGUGAUGUUAGCCAGUAUGUUAGUGGUAUGAAGAAUCACUCGUUUUUGUUGAUUCACGGUAAUGCAGAUGACAAUGUACAUUACCAGAAUGCCAUGGUUUUCGUUAGGGCUCUGGUACUAGAGGAUGUCGAGUUUGAGCAGAUGAGUUAUCCUGAUGAGGCACAUGGACUUUCUGGCGUACAACAGCAUCUAUAUCAUACAAUGGACAACUUUUGGAAUGAAUGCUUCAAAUGAAACGAUAAAUGAAUAAAAGUGU